UUAGUCUCAGCUAUAGCGGCGAUUCAUAUCGUCUCGUUACAUUUCCCGGAUCAAGUUCAAUCUGGACAAGAACUACAGCUUCGUUGUGACUACAACUUAGAUGGUGAGAAUCUUUACUCCGUCAAGUGGUACCGGGACGACAUGGAGUUUUUCCGUUACGUGCCCAUGGACAACCCUGUAAAACAGGUCUUCUCAUUGGACGGCAUUCAAGUCGACAUCAAGCGGUCCAACAAGGACAUCGUGGUCCUCACCAAAGUGACUCCUUCUACAGAAGGAAUAUUCCGUUGUGAGGUAUCUGCAGAUGCUCCUUCUUUCCAAACGGUUUCUGCUGAGAAGGUGAUGACCAUCCAAGUAAGCUCCGCGUGCAAGACCAAGACUAAGGAUUGUGUAACAACAGCGGUUCUCCUGUUUAUCCUGGGAAAACUGUUUUUGGAAAUUCGCUAACACGAAAUAAAAGCACGUGCGUGUAUGUGUGACUACUGAAAGACGAAGACACGAGUAAGAUCUCAGCGGCAUGAUUAAUCACAGAGAAAUCCCAGUCGUUUGGUACAUCCCAUUAACUUAUGUACUUUAAUCAUCCAUAGGCGUGGAAUACAAGUAUAUGUGUUACUGGCAGUGAG